GCUAACAUCCACUAACAGCGCUAUAUGUCUAUUGUGUACCUAUGAACAAAAUGAAAGUACUUUCUAAGGUACCGUGUGAUCGACUCUUGACACGAGGAAGAGCAGACAGCUGAGACCCCUCCCGUUUACUCGUGCUACCAUUUUGUAGUAGUAGGAUCCCUUGUCGUGAGAUAUAUAUACUUACAUCCUUUUAUUAUAAACAUCGUAAGCUGAUGGCCAGUCUGACUUGAGCAGGAUUUCCUCCAUAUAAUCAUGAUAAUGACCAUGACAUUAUUCAUCUAUGAGUAGAAAUCCCAGGACCCCAGCUCAGAGUCAUCACCUUAGUGUCUGCCCUGUGAUUCUGUACAAGCUAGACGCUAAUUACAGUGUAGAUAUAUAAGUAUCGUUCUCUACGUGGGGGUCACUAUAAAGAGAGAGAGAGACUUUGUGUAUGGAUUUUCAGUAGAACAAUUAUUUAGUGAUCAGGAUAACUAGUUAUCACAGCUGUAUAUAUGCUGUAGCUGGAGAUUUAACAUUACACAACAGACAAAUCAUGUAUUGUUAGAUGACAUCUGCAUGAAGCUGAAUUUUGUGUCUGAAUGAUGUUUGAAUUGAGCCAUGAGAUGUAAUUCUGAUGAUGUUUGUCUGCCACCAUGAGCAGGACUCCGAGAAGCAACAGUUACGAAGACUACUGGAAGGAGUUCAAGGACAUCGCCAGCAGUACCGACGGAGAAAAUGAAGAGGAGGAGAUCACCAAAACCCCCGACGAGGGAGAGGAAGAAAUCAGCUGGCUGAAGGAUGCGGGAUACGACUUUGUUGUGAACUACAUCACAGGUGGGAGGGAGUUGACAGAUGAGGAGAUCCAGGGUUUUACAGCGACAUUAACCACAAGUCAGGCGGCGGUGGUUCGCCGCAGGGUCAACAGUUUGAGCGCCACAAUCCGGUCCAAACAAAAACACAAGGUUGACGUCAGAGAUAUCUUCCCACAGCCUUCAGACGACCAGUCACCUAGAUCACCGGUCCCACAAACUACGUCAGAUGGCAUCGACGACAUCAACCUCUCAGCAGUGCCUCGACGACACACAGAUAAACGCCUGCCAUCCCUGUCCAGGGGUAGGGGAGAGUACUCUAUGUCCGGGCGGAGGAACGAGGUCUUCAAGGACCCAGAAGAAUCGGGUAUUGAGACACUGAGUGUCCAGCAGAAGGGGACAUUCAACAAGCACAUGGUGCCUGACACCCCAGACGACAGGAGACGGUCAGUUAUGACAGCUAUGCCCAGUAUAUCAGACGAGGAUAUUGAACUGCACAUAGAAGAAACUGCACCAAAGAAUUCUAUGCAGAAUGCUGGAUUAGAGAAAGAAGAUAACCUACCAAAUUUCAAUAUAGUACCAGACAGGUUGGGUGUAACUAUGGUAACUGAUUUGAGUUUAGAGGACAUGAACCAAAUCAAAUCCCUGGCCCUUAUAGAACUGACAGCUCUUUUUGAGAGACAUCACAUUAUCUAUCAUCGAAGGAAGGGCAAAAAGAAAGGAAGGGAUCAUGGUAUUUUUGGAGUGCCAUUACACACACUCAUGGAGCAAGAUCAGAAAAUACGACCAAAUCAAACUGUACCCAUGGUUUUUGAAGAUAUGGCAAAAUUUAUGGAACAUCAUUGUUUAGAACAAGAAGGAAUAUUACGGAUACCGGGAUCAGCCUCCAGAAUCAAGCAACUACGUAAAGAUUUAGAGGAUAAAUUUUACUCAGGGACGUUUUCUUGGGUGAACGUGCUUCCCCAUGAUGCAGCAGCCUUAUUGAAGCAGUUUUUACGAGAAAUUCCUCACCCGCUCCUCACGCAUGAGUACAUUGAAGCCUUCGCUCAGGUGGAAAAUAUCCAGGACAAAAAGCAGCAGUUACUGGUCCUGAAUCUGCUUAUUCUCCUACUUCCUCCUGUAAAUAGAAACACCUUGAAGAUGUUGUUAGAGUUACUGUUAAAGAUAACUCAGAGGAGGAAGACCAACCUGAUGGGGCUCUCCAAUGUAUCAAUGAUUAUGGCCCCGAAUCUCUUUCUAUCGCCCUCAAGUCGCUCCAAGACAAAGGGAGUCCGUGAGAUGGAGAUCAGCAUGGCAGCCGGGACAUCUAACAUUGUCAUGAUGCUCAUCAAGUAUCAGGACAUCCUCUGGACUGUGCCCUCAGUUUUAAUACAACAAAUGAGACAUCAGAAUGAAUUAGAAAUGCAGAAAAAGAACAGAGAAAAGUCGAUCAUGAAGUUUUUACGGAAGGACAAGGCAGAUGUCUACAAGAAGCCGGCAGUCAUAAAUGAGGGGGACUUUGAGGAGGGAGUGAUCAGGGUUCUGGCCCCGAGUCUGACCAAGAGCUGUGCCGCGGUGAAGCUGACGGAUAACACGACUGCCGGGGACGUUGUCGACAAGUUCCGCAACACUAACUUCACCAACGGAAGAAACAAGAAGAAAGACAACAACAUACAGGGCGUAGCUAACUUUGCAGAGAAGGAUGCUCGGUUGUAUGAAGUGGGAGGAAACAUUGGAGAAAGGCGUCUGCACCCAGCAACCAACAUGUUGGCUCUGUAUCAGUUGAACCCUAACGCUGAGUGGGUCAUCCGGUCAGAGAGUAUGGAUUAGAGCUCUGUCUCCUUAUCCAAUCAAAUUGUUACAAAUAUCCUGUAACUAAUUAAAUCGGCCGCUGGAAAGUUCAAGGUAUCCUGUAUGCAAUCAAAUCAGCCGUUACAGGUACCAAGUCCUAGAAAAGUUUACACAGUGUGUAUCAUUGGUACAUUUGUAAUCACCUUUAUUUGGUUUUGUGUCGAAGUGGUUACACAUUAAAGUGACAAUGUGUUAAAGAUUUUUACAGAUAGGUCUUAUAGACCUGCCUUGGUAUAUACUAUGUAUGAAAUCCUAAACAAUUGUUCUCAACGAUAUUUUGUCGCACUUUGGUGAUAUUUUUCCUGUUCUGUUUUCUAUGAGAGAUGGUUGUGAUAUAUUUACUGGUUCCCAUUUUAUUUUAUAUUUGUAUGAAUGCUGAUGACUUUGCUGGAACAGAAUUUUUCGCUGGUAAUCUGCAGGUCCCAUAAACUAUGAUCUCUCAUUUCAAAAUGAAAGUGGUCCAAUGGACAAACGCUUUGUUAUUAUACAGUGCUAUUAAACUAAAUAUUGUAAAGUGGCUCAAAUGUGAUCAAAAUUUUUUCUUUCCUUCAUAAAAUGUGAAUUUGUUUUAAAUGUGCAGGGAGAUGUAUCAGGGUUUUCAAUUAAAAAAAAUAAUGACACAAAUUACAAGUUAGGACACAAACAUAUUGAAGCUUAAAUCACUUUGUUUGAUACUUCCAGCAUAUUGACUUGCUCAGUCUUUUUUAAAACCCAAACAUAUACCUUGACAUAUCAAUAUAAGACUUGUUGUGCUCAUUAGAUAGAUUUGCGACAAACUGCAUUAUUUGCUGAAUUUUGGCAACUUAUUUCCAUCCUUGCUGAAAAUGAUUUUUACCUAUCAUUUGUUCUUUUGCUGAGGGUUUUUAGAAAUGGCAUUCCUUUACUCUAUCAUUGCAUCAUGUUUAUUUUUGUCAUAUACUAAACAAGUAUUAUAAUAUAUGUAUGCUGUGCUCCUGGCAUAAUACUUAUAAGGUGUAAAUUGUUUACUAUAAUUACAUGUACUAUGAUAGGUUUAGCUCAAAGUAAUUCGGUAUUAAUGUCUUGCCAGGUUACUUUCUUACAUGUAACUCUACCCUUGUUGUGUUAAGGUCAGACUCGACCCAUCUUCCAUUUUUUUCCUAUCUCUGUAAUGCGAAGAUUCCCACUACAAAACUCCAAAAUUAUAUUUUCAUGUUAUGUGAUUUUUUUUUUUCGAUAUAUAGUUUCAAUUGAAAAUAUAUACUUUGACUUUAUAAUUAAGCAUUCGAUUGCAUUCUGCAUGAUAUUAAAAGAAAAAUUCUAAAUAUUCCAACUCCAAAAAUAGCCCUGUAAUGCAUCCUGAAUUUUUUGGCAUAAACAGGUUUAAAUGCAAAUAGAAAUAAUCUACCAAGGAAAAUCAUCUAAAACCAAGGGACGUCACAUGUGUUCUUAAUUUAGGAUGCUAGACUGUCAACAAAUGACCCAUCACAUUUAAAGCUAUCUUGAAUUUCUAAAAUUAUUUGUUUAGCUAUAAAUUAUUAUUUAGUAAAGAAAACUUCCGUACAUGGAUUUCAACUUUAAAAUUUGUUACAUCUUCAUUCAGAGAUCUUCUUUCUAAGGAGAUCUAUACAGUCUAAAAAAUGGCCACAACUAUGCAGUCCUCUUAAGAUUCAUUUCUGUCAAAAUACCAAAUAUUUCUACAGGAACAAUAAUUAUUGUACUUAUUUACUGUAUCAGUAUUUCUUGCUUACAUUAAAACUUUAGAAAUAUAUAUAUUAUAAUAUUUAGCAAGUCAUUUCACAAGUUUAGAUACUGUCAUUACCAUAUUAGUUUAACAAAUAUUUAAAACAAAAUAUUAGAAGUCUAAUAUUGGGUUUUGUAUGGAAUCAGUGCGGGUCAUGGCUAUGAUUUCCUACUCCUUAUUAAAAUACAGUAGCAAGUUAGAUUUUUGAGAGGCUAUUUGUUAUAAGAAAACAAUAUCUAGUCAUUAAUGAAGUGCUUCACUUGUCAAUCUAUGCCAUACAGCUAUGCCAUAAGUAAUUGGUGCCAAUAGAAAAGUGCUGGAUUUAAUUGUAAACCACACCUAGGGACGACAGAUGAGUAUAAUUUUCUUUCUGCUACCAUUUAGAUUUGCUCAAGUUUCUAUGCUGUAUUAAUGUUAUUUUGUAUCUCUUACAAAAAAAAACUGAGUUUUUUUUUCUUAUAGUGUUUUAAUAUUUCUUGCUAAUUUAGCUGUAUACCAGAAACCUUUAUUCCCGUUCUGUACCAUACUUAAAUGUCAGCAAACGUAGAAUACGUUUUGCAUCAUUUAAAGAUAUCACAGAGAACACUGGUUAUUCAAUAUAGAGACUUGACCAAGUAAAGCCACAUUUACGCUGCUCAAUAGAAGCCAGAUUCACUGUCUGGAACAAAAGUUUAGUUUUUAAAAACAAACCAUAAUAUUUGCUUUUAUUCUGUAAUUGUGAGGCAUUGUUGUUGACUGAAUUACAUUUAAGUAGAUUAUUUGAUGAAUUAAGACAAUCAUUUAAUAUCGAACAUGUUAUAUCUGCUCAUGAACUGUUAGCUUUAAAAGAAAAGUAUGUAUUGUUAUAAUAUAUGAUACUGAUGAACUAUUUUUAUCGUUAUGGUACAUAUUGAAUAUAGUGUCAACCUAACCUACUUUAUCUUAAAGAAUUGCAGCUGCUUAUAACUGGUGAGCUAUGUGAAUUUUGAUUUCAAAAAUGAAAUCAGUUAUUAUUUAUUCUACAAACAAAUUGAUGAUCUACAAAUUUGCUUUUUGAAUUUUUAUGACAAAUAUUAUUUUUGAAUGAAACAUAUUUUUGUUAAUUUUAAAAGAAGUCAGGAUGAUAAUACUGACACCUUAUGAAAGGAAGACAAAAUUUCGGCGUUUUAUUUUUCUUUAGAGGAUUCUAUUUUUUUCUGAACAAGUUAUAGCAAGAUUUGAUAAACGUUUACAAAAAAAUGUAUCUUUACAUUAAUUUAUUAACUUACGGAUAUUUAUUUUAAUUGUAUACAGAUAUAUAUAAAAAUUGUUUUAUUUUAAUAAUAAAUAUAUAUCGUAUAUUUAUCAUUUCAAAGUGUCUCAUGAAUGCUAUGAUAAUCAAGCUAAACAAAAAUAUUUCAUACACUGAGAAAGAUUACGUAUGACUGUAUUGAAUACUUGAGAAAUGAUAAACAUUGUUAUUAAUUUUUAUAUUCACUUUAUCACCACGUAUAAAAUACAAUACCGCUCUCUAUCGGUAUGUGGACACACUAGACGUUAUAUUGUUGUAUAAUGUUAUAUUUUAUUUACCUGUACAAUAUUUACAGUGUGUCUAAUGUUAAUAAAUGUUCUACACGAUG